CAGGGCUGUUGAUUCACUUCCGGGGGAUGUUUACGGCGAAAGGGCAGGUCCUCAAGCUCCUUUUCGGGGACCACCGCCACCUCUCCGGACGUACCACCAUCGCAUUUCUGGUCCUGCUGAUUUUACACCGGUUAUCGGCCGUUACAGAGCCGAUGGUGCCUCGUCACUGCGCGGAGAGGACGACGUCCCGCCGGUGCUAACGAGCUAACUUCCGUUGAGCUCCGGUGUAGCUACGAAGAGCUGGCAGGUCUUCGUCCCAUCCUGCCACGCGUCCUGCUCAGGGGCUUCACACGCUCAGUCCUCAUCGCUCUGUCCGUCUGCACGACGACUGCAUCGGACCAGCUCGGCACCAUUCACCAGAGGCCACAAUCGACCAAAGCCAAUGCUAAUAAGCACAGCACAACGAUCUUAGAGCCGCGUGUUCUGGAGAGUCGCUGCGCAGCCCUCCGGUAUCGAGCCAUCAAGUGUUCAGCAGGAGGUGAAGCGUCAGUGUCAGCAAUGCCUGGGUCAACGCCGGCCAGCAGCAAGGCUCGGGUGUACACCGAUGUCAACACACAGAAGAAUAGAGAAUACUGGGACUAUGAUGCACAUGUGCCAAACUGGAGCAAUCAAGACAACUACCAGCUGGUGCGUAAACUUGGUCGAGGGAAGUACAGUGAAGUGUUCGAGGCCAUAAAUGUGACCAACAGUGAGAAGGUGGUGGUGAAGAUCCUCAAGCCUGUCAAAAAGAAGAAGAUCAAAAGGGAAAUCAAAAUCCUUGAAAACCUGCGUGGAGGGACCAACAUCAUCCGCCUGGUCGACACCGUCAAAGACCCUGUGUCCAGAACACCAGCGCUUGUCUUUGAGUGCAUCAAUAACACAGAUUUUAAGGAACUUUACCAGAAGCUGACAGACUUUGAUAUCCGUUACUACAUGUAUGAGCUGCUCAAGGCUCUGGACUACUGUCACAGUAUGGGCAUCAUGCACAGAGACGUGAAGCCCCACAACGUCAUGAUCGACCACCAGCUCAGAAAGCUGCGUCUCAUCGACUGGGGUUUGGCAGAGUUUUAUCAUCCCGCUCAGGAAUACAACGUCAGGGUGGCCUCGCGUUACUUCAAAGGCCCAGAGCUGCUAGUGGACUAUCAGAUGUACGAUUACAGUUUGGACAUGUGGAGUCUAGGCUGCAUGUUGGCCAGUAUGAUCUUCCUGAAGGAACCGUUCUUUCAUGGCCAGGACAACUACGAUCAGCUGGUUCGCAUCGCUAAGGUUCUCGGCACUGAGGAGCUUUUUGGUUACUUGCACAAGUAUCACAUAGAACUGGACACUCGCUUCAAAGACCUGCUGGGACAGCAAACACGGAAGCGCUGGGAGCAGUUCAUCCAGUCGGAGAACCAGCACCUGGUGAGUCCAGAGGCUCUGGACCUGCUGGACAAGCUGCUGCGCUACGACCACCAGCAGAGGCUGACGGCCACCGAGGCCAUGCAGCACCCGUACUUCUAUCCUGUGGUGAAGGAACAAGCAAACGCCAACACAGACAGCACAAAGGCAAUAAGCAGCUCCAAUGCAACAUGAUGAUCACAGAGCAGGAAAAAUCAUUGUUACCUCAACUUGUGACCUUUUCGUGGCAGAAAACUUCAUCAGCAGCCAAACUGGAGCGAGACGUUACCACACUCACACACUCACACUCACACACACACACACACAGAGGCGGGAAUCUGCGCUACUUUGGUCCGAGUCACAAAUAAGUCAGAUCCCAGCGUCCCCCUCCACCUAAUGAGCAAAGCGACUGUUGGCUCCAUGACAGGCUGCUGAUGUUACUGUAAAGACAUUUGUCGGUCGCCAUGGCGACUCAGCUCCAGUUCCAGGUUUUAGCACUGAGUGGCGCGGAGGCUCUUUUCUGCUCUGAUAGAACAAAAGCUAUAUUGAAAGAGAAUAAACAUUUUUAUUUAAAAGUCA